AUGGAUUUGCCACAGACAUCAUACAUCGACAAGCUUUUUGCUAUUGUGAUCCACUCAUCCGCACGCUCUUUGAGACAAUUGGGGUCUACUGUUGGUGAAAACACAGUUAUCAACUUCACGGAGAAAUACUAUGUUUCUCCUCACACAAACAAGAAACUCCCUAUUAAGAGGUACUCCCUCAAAAAUUCGAUACCCACUGCUUACGCUUCAAAACAUCAGCACAUCAUCUUAUUACCAAUUUCAACCCCGAACAUCGACCAAGUAGUGAAGACGGAACUUUCAAAAUUUGAAAAACAGACUGAAAAUCCGAUUGUUGUCUUUCUUCUGAUGGACACAACCGCAAAGGUGUUUUCGGAUGUGAAGAAGUCGAUUUUCGACACACUGGGAUCACCGAGUUUCCAGUCAAAACAAACAAGGAGCUCUGAGAACUUGACGACAAAUCCACGGAAGUAUUUCCACAAAGCUUCGUCCGUGAUGUCAUUUUACCAGAAGUACGAGCAAAGCUGUAUCAUCGUGAAAAUACCAAACGCAAAAGACGUCACUAAGAAGGACUUGGAGAAGAUUUUUGGCAUUAUCAGAAAGUCGUUUAUCAUAUCACAGAUGAAUUGGAAGAAGACUAAAAUUGAGUUCCGCAAUGCGAUAACUUCUUUUGUGACAACAGAAAACAGCGAGAAGAUCUACCAAAGCGAAGAAGAGCUUUUGAAAGGUUUGUGUUACAACCCAACUAAUCCGAAUGAUAAAGACGAGUUAUUUGAAUUAAUGAACGAAUACGGACUUGUUUACUCCUUUAAACGGGCAUUGAGUGUCACAAAAUUUAAAGAGGAAAAGGUCAUCAAGAAGCUUGAAAAGAUCUUUCUGAUCAAAGAUUUGUACACUGAAGUAAUGAGGAAAGUGAAGGAAUUGACACGAGAACAUGGGUUUGAUAACAUAGGAUCUGUCGUUUACCUUUAUGGAAAGAAUAACGUGAACAUGCUUCGUGUGGUUUUAAAGCACUUGAUGGCACAGAACGAAGUUUUUAUGAUGGACGAACAAUGGAUUGAAGGAAAUGAUUUGUUAAACGCACUGGACGAGUACAAGAAAAUAGAAACCAUUGAGAAGCGGCUGAGUUGUAAAGACUCUCUCUGCAACAAACUGGACAAGAUGGAGAAAAGAAAGAGUGUUUGUGUGUCUGAAACGAUAGAGAAGAACGAACUGAAAGAACACGAGGAUAAAGAGGAAGGUACAGAAGCACUCCAGUCGAGACUUGUAAUGAGACAACAGA